GGUCGGGCUGCACUCUUUCCCCCCUAGCUUUGGCUGUACUGCGCGGUUUUAGUGAGAGCGAGGCGACAAAAAACGGAUGGACAGACACGAAACGAAACUCGGCGUUUCGUGUCUGUCCGUACUGUCCGUCCUUGUUCUUCCGUGUUCAGCCUUGACCUGAUUGCCAACUGUUUGUCUCUUUUUUCUCCCCUCGCUCCAGGGUUACAAUGUCAUAAAAAACGUGUCGGUUUGUCUACUAGAAAAAAAAAAAAGAAAAAAAAAAAAAGAAAAGAGAAAUGAUGUGCUUUUCUGGCUUUGCUGCCGAGGUUGAACUCCAAAUUUAGCGAAAGCCAAAUUUCUUCGCAACGAACCAUGGGCCACUUUAAAGAUGGUCGCUUCCACAUGCGGCUGGGAACUUUGGGUCGUUGAGUGAUUGUUUUCUGUUUUCCCGGCAAGUAUGACCUCUGUUGACGAUCAAAAUCUCUCAAAAGUACCCCAUUUAAAAUUGGCGACUGUAAGCAUUAUCAAUUUAACCUGCAGUCAACUUUAGAAAUAGUUCUGAACUUGCAAAGACGAUGAGCUUCAUAUCCAGGCAAUGCUGCUCCGUCGCCGGUAGGCUUUUCGCCGGCAGAGUUCUCGUGGGUUCCUUGAACCCGAGAGAUGCUUGCGUGCUGCCAUAUCGGUCUCACUUUGUUCGCCACUUGCACGUCUCGAGGAGCCAUUACUUUUUCCGCAAGAAGCAGAAGGUUUCCGAGACGCGGCUGGCACUCCGAGAAGAGAUCUUCAAGAGCGAGCAGUGCCGGGAUCGGGAGGGUUUCAUCGAAGUGAUCGAGCGGUUCAAGUUGGGCAACGAGAAUCGCAAGGGCCACGUCGAAUUCAUCAACGUAGCGACCAAGUACCUGGAAGAGUUCAACGUUCACAAGGACCUCGCCAUCUACAAGAUGCUGUUCGAUCUGUUUCCGAAGGGCAGGUACCCCCCGAAGAACCAGAUCCAAGCGGAGUUUCAGCACUUUCCCUACCACCAGGACUGCGCUCUUCGUCUCCUCGACGUCAUGGAAUACAAUGCGGUGGUCCCUGACCGGGAACUUCGCCAGGCCGUGCUGGACACCUUUGGGUUCCACAGCGAGGUCUUCAAGAAGUUUGCCCGCAUGAUGUACUGGAUGCCCAAGCUCAAGAACCUGAGCCCUUUCCCGCUGCCCACUCCUCUGCCGAGGGAGCCCCUGGAGCUCGCAAAGCUGGCCGUGCGCCGCAUGUGCGUCGACCUCCGGACGGUCGUCUCUGUGCGAGAGACGAGCGAAGUCAAGGACUCUGUGGACCAGACCUGGGUGGUGAGUGGACAGAGCCCCGACCAGCGCCAGCUGGUGAAGGACCAGCCAACCGACAAGCCGCUUCGUAUAGAGGGACCAUUCUCGACGUACCUCCGCAACGCAGCCAUCUCCUACUUCGUCCUCAGGGCGGAACCCGUGCCCAUCCGGGUACUGGAGAUCGACUCUGACGACGUGUCGAAUAUUCCGCUGACGAUGUUUGGAGAGAAGCCUCCGCCCAAGGAAUUGGUGAAACCAUCCACCGUCCACGAGCAAGAAGACGGUAUCAUCCUGGCCCUCUGCGCCACCGGAACAUCGAGUCGAGACUCGCUGCUCUCGUGGCUACGAAUGUUGCAGGAAGACAACGCGAAACUCAAGGAAAUUCCUGUCAUCUUCACACUAAGGGCGCCAAGUAAGUCGCUCGUCACCGCUAACCAGCCGAUGGAUGAAGAUCUCGGCGCAGACGACACUUCACAAGCAGACGACACGUCAAAAGCAGACAACACGUCAAAAGCAGACGACGCAUCAAAAGCAGACAGCGCCUCAAAAGCAGACGACACCUUAAAAGCAGACGAUGCCUUGAAAGCUGGCAAAAGUUCAGGUGCAGACGGCCCUUCAAAAACCUCAGAAGCAGACGGGAGUUUAACAGAAAAGCGGAAAUCGGACGAGACGGGGACAUCGAAGUUGUGAUGAAGGGCCCUUACUGGGAGUUAUGUAGUGUAUAUAAGACAAUAAAUAAUGCUAGGCUGUUUUCUCAAUCUUAUGUGGUGCAACUAAUCCUUUCUUUUCAUCUUGAAUGAAUAAAUAAGGGGCCUUUUAUUGCUCGUUUGCACCAAGGAACAUUUGUUACGAGUGAUUCAUGAUCCUGUUCUUGCAUAAAAAUAAACACACAAUAACACAGGUGACAAGAGCUACAGUUCCAAUUUCUAGGGUA